GUUGACGUGUAGCUAUCUUCAAGCUUAUCUUCGGAGUGUUUUUUCUUUACCAGAUCCCCUGAAACUCCGUCAGGCGGCUGUUUAUCGGCAAAACACCCGAGCUUUCGGUCGCGUAACGUCAUUCGCCGAAGCUAUGAGCUUCGAGCUCUCGUCCAAAGCUCUUUCAACCUCAUUAAAAUACAACCACAUUCAAUAUGAGGCUUCUCAAUUUUUCCCCACUCCUUCUCCUGGUAAAUGCGGCCCAUUCUUUUGAUUCGCAGACUCCAAUUAUCGAUGAAUCGUCCUCGGGCUCUCUGAGCCUCCUCGAACUUCACAAAUCCCUUGUCGAGAUUGGAUCCAUUUCAGGGAAUGAACAUGAUGUUGGCGCAUUCCUGAUUUCUUAUCUGAAGAAACAGAAUCUUACCGUAGAGAUACAAGAUGUCGAAUUGGUCGAAUCGUCAUCGUCGCCGUCGGGAAAGAAGCGCCAGAAUGUUCUAGCAUAUAUCGGAGACAAGAGACAAACGAGAACAUUGGUAACGUCGCAUAUCGAUACUGUGCCACCUUUUUGGCCAUACGAAAGAAGAGGCGAUGAAAUAUGGGGCAGAGGAAGUGUAGACGCGAAGGCGAGUGUUGCGGCGCAAAUUACUGCGUAUCAAGACCUUAUUGCGGCCGGCAAUAUUCACGAAGGGGAUGUUGCGCUUUUAUAUGUGGUGGGCGAGGAAACGUUUGGGGCCGGUAUGGGGGAGGCCAACAACCUGGGUCUUUCUUGGGAAACCGUUAUUUUCGGCGAACCUACGGAACUAAAGUUGGCGGCUGGACACAAAGGGAUAAUGAGCGUACACAUUACUGCAAAGGGAAAGGCUGGGCAUUCGGGAUAUCCAUCGCUGGGGAGGAAUGCUAAUUCGAUGUUAAUACCCGCGCUGUACGAGCUAGGUAGAAUGGAUUUGCCGUGGAGCGAGAAGUAUGGAAAUACUACGCUCAAUAUCGGAAGAGUUGAUGGAGGUGUCGCGGCGAAUGUUAUUGCGGAAGACGCGAUGGCCAAAAUCGCUAUUAGAAUUGCUGCUGGUACUCCAGAGGAAUUAAGAAAGUCGGUUCUAGAUACAAUAGAAAAGACGGGGCAGGAUUUGGAAGUUGAAUUCACUCAGGGUUAUGGACCCGUGCAUUGCGAUAGUGAUGUGGAAGGCUUUGAAACCAUCACAGUCAACUACGGUACUGAUGUUCCAAACUUGAAAGGAGACCAUAAGAGGUACUUGUAUGGGCCGGGAGAUAUCUUGGUCGCUCAUUCCGAUCACGAGCACUUGAAGAUCUCUGACCUUGAGGAGGCUGUGGGCGGUUAUAAGAAGCUCAUCGAACACUCACUGGCUUGAGUUAUGUCAUUUUGGACACCCAUUUCAGCACAUUAAUAUGCGAUGGGACUCUCUGCUGUAUGGAAUUUGACCAGUCAGAGUUUUCAAUCCUUCUCUGACAGAACCUUACACUAAUAGAUAUCGGGCGCGAGCCUCUUUCGGUAGAGUCCUGGAAUGGAAAUUUUCUUCAUAAUAAUUGGUUUGA